AUGGUGCUUGUGACUUCCACAACUACAAAUACUGUAGUCAUUACCACAACCACUACCAUCACAAGCAUCACAACCACUCCCGCAGCCACAGCCACGGUUGCACCAGUUGUUGCUGGCGGCGGCUCUUGUGGCUGCUCCUACACCUCCGUCUGCGGGACUCAGUACGUUGACACUGGCGCCGGAGUCUACAUCACGCAAGCCUCCUCACUGCAGCAAUGCGUACAACAAUGCGACGAAAAUUUCCUAUGCUCAGAGUACUCUUUUCAGUACAGCACUGGAGUUUGCACGCAGCUGCAUGGCGAAUACAACGCAGUAGCGAACGCGGGUUUUGCCUCCGGAAGCAUCGCGACUGGUGGGCGUUGUGCCGGAGUAUGUUCUACAAGCAACUAG